GUCUAUUCACAGCACACCAUUAUCUGCGCAACAGGAGACGGGGAGGGGAGAGGUGCGCGGUCUGUCCCGUCUGGACAGCAGAGAAGAACAGCUAAAAAACUUUCUUAAAACAUAAGUAAAACUACUCAGCAAACAUGAGUUUACACGGCUCCAAUACCAGACUGGCCAAUAUAGGCCUGAGAAGUAACUCGCGACAGGAUUUGGCGGGUGCAGGUUUGCGAAACGACGUUUUCGUCGGUGGAAACGGCUUCCAGGGAGAAUACCCGGCAGGAGACGGCGGAUACACCUACACCACCUCCUACUCCAGGAGCUCCAUGCACGGGGGGCCGCAGAAAGUGCAAGUUAGCAUGGGUGGAGGCGGGGGACUGAGUGUACAAGGAAUUCAGCAAAAAGCGAUGUUCCUGACAGGCCAGUGUCAAGAAUACUUGCAGAGAGCCAAGAUGAUUCUCCAGGGUGGAGGUCCAGUCGUGGAGGCAGAAAAACUGCUGAUCAUGGCUGCAGAAACCAUGGAGCAGAUGAAGGUCUGUGGUAGAGAGCUGCAGCAAAUGCGAGUCCCUAAUGAUGUCUUCAGAAGCCUUGACCAGUUCCAGCACAUGCAUAGUGCUAUUCAACAGCAAUUAGGAGGUGGUAUGACUGUAAGACGGAACAGAGGCAGCGCGGGUUCCCUUGACGGAGGAAGGGUCUUUAAUGAUGCUGUGUCUUGGAUCGCCCAACAGAAGCGCAUGAUUGAGACAGCGCCGUGGGGAGAUGACUCUGAAACCAUAGAGAAGCAAAUCAUGGCCCACAACAAAAACCACAGCUCUCUCCAGCGGAGCCAGGAAGUAGACCGUGCCAGAGAUGAACUGAACAUGAGGGGCGACAAGUACAACCUCGCAAUCCUGGAACAAGAAUGGGAAAGCCUGCAGAAAAUGUCCCACAGCCGUUUGAAUCAGCUGCGUGAGCUUCAGAGCAUCAUCGAGGAGGUCUCCAGAGCCAUCAUGUGGGUGAAUGAGAGAGAGGAGGAAGAGCUUAUGUUUGACUGGGGAGACAAGAACAUCGACCAGUAUAUACCACGGAAGCAAGAGAGCUACUCGGGGCUGAUGAGGGACCUGGAGGAGAAAGAGAAGGAGCUGAACAAGCUGAAGGUUAAAACUGAUGCAGUCCUGAACAACAACCACCCUGCCUCAGAUAAGAUUGAAGCCUACAUGGACACCUUACAGACCCAGUGGAGCUGGCUGCUCCAGAUCACCAAGUGUAUCCAUGUUCAUUUGAAGGAGAAUGCUGCCUACAGCCAAUUUUUCAAGGAGGCCAAUGAGACCUACGCGAAGCUGCAGAAGGAGCACGAGUCUAUCCGAAACACGUACACAUGCGACAAGAACACCCCACUGGAGAGCCUCUCUGAUCUCUUGAAAAACCUAGAGAAAGAGAAGGCGCGGAUCAUGGAGAAUAAGAGGCAGGUCCACAGUCUGGUCAGCAAAUCUAAGGCCAUUGUCAGGCUGAAACCUCGCAACCCUGAGGAGAAGAGCAGCAGCCCCAUCGUAGUCAAGGCCAUAUGUGACUUUAAACAAGACCAGAAAGGAAUUUUAAAAGGGAAUGAAGGCCUCCUGAAGGAUAACUCGCAGCGCAGCAAGUGGCUUGUGACGGGACCUGGAGGUCUGGACAUGCUGAUUCCCUCUGUGUGUCUGCUGAUCCCUCCACCAAACCCGCUCAGCAUCGGCAUAGCCAACAAGAAUGAUCAAUAUUAUGAAGCCAUCAUGAGCAUCUGGAAUCAGCUCUACAUCAACAUUAAGAGUCUCAUCUCAUGGCAGUACUGCCUCAAAGACAUCAAUUACAUCAACUCCCUCACUGUCAGCAUGCUGUCUAAGAUGCGUCCCGAGGAGUACCGUAGUGUCCUCAAAAGACUGGAGACUCACUACCAAGAGUUCCUGCGUACCAGCAACGGUUCUGAGAUGUUUGGGGAAGAGGAUAAGAAAACUAUCCAGGGCCACUUUGAUCAAGCCCAGACCCACUAUGACACACUGGUUAUCCAGCUGCCUACUUACAUAAAAGGGGGUGAAGAGGUGAAGCCUGAUCCCCCAAAACCAGAGCCCGUCAAGCCUCCGACUCCCAAGAUCCCCAAAGUCACUGUCCCCAAGGUCAGCGUCACGCCUCCGCCACCCUCCAUCAACCUCACCCUGCUCAACAGUCUGCAAGAACUCAGGCGCAGGCUGGAGCUGGCUGAGUCUGGUCUCACCAGUCAUCUUCACGUCUGCCUGGGGGAAAAUGGUGUGCAUGACUGCUCAGUACACCUCCAGAAGCUGCAGACUGUGCACCAAGACUUAGACUCCAUUCAUGACGAGUACCUGCGACUGAGAGAAAAGAUUAUAAAGCAGCUGGAGGGGUUGCCUGCAGACUCUGAGCAAGCCAAGUUCCUCCGCUCCGAGCUGGAAAUCAUCAACCAGAAACUGGGAGGCCUCCAGGGUCUCUACCCACCUUACCUUCAAAGGCUGUCGGCUCUUAAGACCUUGCUUCAGAGCCUUCUCCAGGCUGAAGAUAUCAUUAAAGUCAAUGAGGCCCGGCUGACAGAGAAGGAGACCAGCUCCCUGGACCUUAGAGAGGUGGAGAAUUAUCGGAGCACACUAAAGCAUAUGAAGAGUGACCUGGAGCAAAAAAGAGACCUGCUAACAACUAUGGAAUCCGACCUGGCUAAAGCAGUGCACUGGAAUGGUCAAAUCUCCGAGCCCUUCCACAAGUGCGACGUGGACUUGUCUAAGUACUCAGACCUGGUGACCCAGAUGUCUGACCGCUGGCGCCGCAUCCAAACCCAGAUUGACAGCAGAAUGUGGGACUUGGAGAAGCAGGAGAAACAGCUGAAUCAUUAUCAGCAGAGCAGCCAUCUCCUGGAACAGUGGAUAGACAAUGCCAGGAAACGCCAGGAUACCCUUCAGACGGUUAAGCUCAGUGACGUCCAGACUUUAAUGGAUCACCUCAACCAACAGAAGGCACUUCACACUGAAAUUAAAGGAAAGAAGGAGAAAGUAGAGAAUGUGCAGAAAGAUGCAGACACCUGUGCUGCCUCCAUAAAGGACUACGAGCUGCAGCUGGCUUCCUACAGUUCAGGCCUGGAAACUCUGCUUAAUAUUCCCAUCAAGAGAACAAUGCUGCAGUCCCCCGCAUCUGUGGUCAGACAAGAGGCGGGUGACCUCCAGUCCCGCUACAUAGAGCUACUCACCCGCUCUAGUGACUACUACAAGUUCCUCGGGGAGCUGCUGAAGAACAUGGAAGAGCUGAAGAUCAGAAACACCAAGAUUGAGUUGUUGGAGGAGGAACUGAAGCGUCUGAAAGACGACAUCCGGGAUCGUAGCCAGAAAAACAAGUCCCUGGAGGAUGCUUUAGCCCGCCUCAAGCUGGAGCUCAGUCAAUCAAAAGAAGAGCUAAUUUCUAUGGAAGAAGUGAAGAGAACCACCGCAAUUAAAGUCAGCGCUACCAGGGAGAGUCUGGACAACACACACAGCCAGCUUCAAGAUCUCAAUGACCAGCUGACCCGCAUUAAAUACCAGCUGGAGGAAGAAAAGAGGAAAAGAGUGUUGGCAGAAGAGCGAUACACCAGUCAGCAAGAAGAGUAUGAGACGGUUGUUCGGCGUAGACAGAAAGAACUGGAAGAACUGAACUGGACCAAGAUUGACCUGGAAAAGUCUGUGAAGGACAAGGAACGUGAACUGGAGAGGAUGAAGAUACUGCUAGAUGAAGAAGCGACACGUCGGCGAAACGCUGAAUCGGAAAACUCAAAGGUAAGAACACAGUGCACCCAGGAGGUUAAUCAACUUAAGCAGACAUACGAGAAAGAGAUCCAUGUUACCAAGACCACAAUCCUGAAAGCCUCACAACAGAAAGAAGAAGACGCAGCAGACCUGAGACUGCAAGUUGACAGACUCACUGCUGAGAAGAGAGAUCUAGAAGAGGAGAUGAGGAGACUGAGGCUGUCCAUUGCUCACACAGAAGAGCAGAAAAGCAGAGCAGAGCAGGAGGCCAGCCAGCAGAGGGCGUCAGUGACACAAGAAACAAGAAUACGCACUGAGUUGGAGGUUCAGCUGAGAACGUUCAAACAGCAGGGAGAAGAGAAUGAGCUCAAAGUAAGGGAGGCCAACAAAAGCAAUCAGGAAAAGGCCAGGCAGAUCAGUGUGUUAACAUUUAACCUGGAGGAGGAGGGGAAGAAGAGGAGAGCUCUGGAACUGGAAAUCAAUCGCCUGAAACAGGCUGAGGCAGACCUGAAGGCAAAGAAUACCUCCUAUCUAGAGUCCAUUAACAGGCUUAAAGUGUUUGAAGAGGAUAUCCACAUCACCCGAGUAGAGCUGCAGAAGCAGUCCAGUGAGAAAAACAAGGCUGAGCAGAGUUCUAGCCGGCUGCAGGGCCGUAUCCGGGAACUUCAGUCCUCUCUGGAUGGAUUGGAAGCUGAGUUGGAGAAGCAGAAGAAGGCGACCCAGGAGGAGUUCACACGUAGGAAGAGAAUGGAGGCAGAGUUGGAGAGGAUGACACAUACUUGCAGAGAGCACACCACCACAAUUAGCACACUGAAAUCUGUCCAGGUGGAGACAACGAACGCCGGACGGAAGUAUGAGCAGGACCUCAGCAGCCUCCGGGAGGCUCUGGACAGGAGUUUGAGGGAGCAUAACAUCACUAAGCAGGAACUGGCAGCUGUCACAGCUGAGCUGAAAACACUUAAACAGAAGCUCCAGCAAGAACUGGCUCGAAUUCUUGAGCUCAACCAACGCAACGAGAACCUGUACAAAACCAUCGAGGAGAAGAGCCGCCAGCUUAACGAUUACACCACAGAGAUCGAAAAGCUGAAGACUCUGACGCAGAACCUGACGAAGGAGAGACUGAGGUUGGAGGAGGAGCUGAGGACAGUUAGACAGGAGAGAGAUAACCUGAAGCUUAGCAAAGAUGCUAUUGAUGGAGAGAGUGCCACUCAGAUCUCAGCCUUGCAUGUCCAGCUUCAGACUAGCACCAGGAGGACAGCGGAGCUCCAGUCUCUCACCAAUGACCUGACCAAGGAGAGAGAAAAGCUUAAAGUGGAAAUAGACAAAUUCCAAAAGCAAUCCCUUGAGACAUCCAUGAUGGUGCACAGUUCCCAAAGCCAAUACAGUGAACUGAAACUGGAGAGGGACAGCUUGCUUUCCAAGCUCAAACUGCUGGAGCAGGACAAGCUUCGUCAGCAGCGCAUAGAAGAAGAGCUCACCCGCAUCAAGCUCACACUGGAGACUGAGCUCCGCACCAAACAGCGACUUCAGGAUGAAAAGAAUUCCCUCCAGAAGGAUUUCAACUACAUGAAGAGCCAGUAUGAGCUGAGAGAAACCCACAUUAGGCAGUUUGAAUCAGACAGAGACAAGGGGGAUCGGGACCGGCACUCCCUGAAGAGUGAGAUCGAGAGGCUCAUGAGGGAGCUAAAGAGUGUUGAGGAGAGGUACAAGAGCCGUCUGAUGAUCUCUGAAAAGGAGGCAUCAGACUUGGCUCUGAAGAGAGAUGCCCUGGAGAGAGAGAUACAGAGGCUGCAGCAGAGACCCAGCACUCUGAAUAGGCAGACCCAGACAGAUGAGAAGGUCCCAACAAUCGAUCCAUCCAAGCUGUUAUUUGAUGGGGUGCGCCGCAAAGUCACAGCCCACCAGCUCUGUGACUGUGGUAUCAUCAGUAAAGCCACACUAGAGCAACUCCUAAAGGGAAAAAAGACAGUGGAUGAGGUAGCUCUGGACAUCCAGCUUAAUCUAAAGGGUACCGGCGUAAUUGCUGGCAUGACAACAGCUUCUCAAGGGAAAAUGCCAUUCACCGAAGCGAAAAACAAGAAACUCCUCAGCCCAGAGAGCGCCCUCAUGCUCCUGGAAGCUCAAGCUGCAACAGGCUACAUAAUGGACCCAGCAUUCAACGAAAGGAUGCCUGUGGAUACUGCCUGCUCAAGAGGGAUUGUAGACACAGAAGACAGAGACACCCUGGUGUCAGCUGAGGCAGCCAGCACAGGCUUCAAAGAUCCAUACUCUGGCAAAGUGUUGUCUGUGGGUCAGGCUUACAAACAGGGCCGCGUUGACAAAGACACAGCCAUCCGCUUGCUCCAGGCUCAGGAGUCUGUCGGAGGUAUACUGGAUCCUGUGCUGAGUGUGUUCCUUCCGAAAGAUCAGGCCUUGGAUCGCAAUCUUAUUGAUGAGGACCUCUACAGGGCUCUGAACAAAAAACCUGCCUGCUACCUGGAGCCAGAGACAGGAGAGAAGAUUAGCUAUAAUGACCUUAGGAAGAAGUGUACAGUGGAGCCAGUUAAUGGCUUGCUUCUGCUCCGUGGUCCAGAAAAGCCCAUGACAGUGAAGGGUCUCCGUGGUGAAGUCUCUGUCACUGACCUUAUCGAUGCUGACUUGCUGGAUGAAACUGAUUUGGUGAAGCUCAAAGAGGGCAAGCUCACCACCAGAGAAAUUGAAGACAAGCUAAAGAACUAUCUCCAUGGCUCUACGUGCAUUGCAGGUAUCUACGAUGAAGCCAAGGACAGAAUACUGCCGUUCUAUAAUGCAAUGAAGGAAGGCCUGCUCAUGAGAGGAACCACCCUGGAGCUUCUUGAGGCCCAAGCUGCUUCUGGCUUCAUUGUUGAUCCAGUCAACAAUGUGUUCCUGACAGUAGAGGAGGCCUCAAAGAGAGGCCUGAUAGGAAAUGAGUUUAAGAAUAAGCUGUUGUCUGCAGAGAAGGCGGUAACUGGAUACAAAGACCCAUCCACAGGAAACACAAUCUCCCUCUUCCAGGCUAUUGAGAAAGAUCUUAUUGAGAAAGGUCAUGGAAUCCGGCUUCUUGAGGCCCAAAUUGCCAGCGGUGGGAUUAUUGACCCCAAAGAGAGCCACCGUAUUGAUGUCAAUGUUGCCUAUAAAAGGGGAUAUUUUGAUGAGGAGAUGAAUGAGAUCCUUACCUAUGAAGGAGACGACACAAAAGGAUUCUUCGACCCUAAUACCAAAGACAACCUGACAUAUCUUCAGCUUAAGGAGAGGUGCAUGACAGAUCCCAACACAGGAUUAAUACUCCUGCCACUCAGAGACAAGAAGAAAGCCCAGAAGUCACAGGAGAGCCGCACCAAUGUUCUUCGCAAAAGGCGGGUUGUGAUCGUUGACCCAGACACUGGGCUGGAGAUGUCAGUGAGGGAGGCCUAUCACCGCGAACUAAUUGACUAUGACACUUUCCUGGACUUGUCGGAGCAGGAGUGCGAGUGGGAGGAAAUAACUAUCAAGGGUUCUGAUGGCUCUUCACGUUUGGUGAUAGUGGAUAGGAAAACAGGAACCCAGUAUGACAUCCAGGACUGCAUUGAGCGUGGAAUCAUCGACAAGACAUCUCUGGAUCAGUAUCGUGCCGGAACACUAACCUUGACCCAGUUUGCUGACCAAAUCACGAGCAGAACCAGCAGCACAGAGAUGUCCAUUGCUGCCAGCAAUGUUGAUGACAUGGUAACCUGCAGCAGUCCUACCCAGGCUGCACCAUCUUCUCCUACCGUCCGUAGACGCUUCAACAGUAUUUCUAUCACUGUUUCUCCCCCUGAGAUGUUCGAUGACCACAGCCCUGUGGCGGCUAUAUUCGACACAGAGACCUUGGAGAAAAUCACUUUGUCUGAAGGGCUCCGAAGAGGCAUAGUUGACACUAUAACAGCACAGAGGCUACUGGAGGCCCAGGCCUGCAGUGGUGGUAUUAUCAACCCGGCCACCGGUGAGAGACUGACGCUGCAGGAUGCUGUCCAUCAGAGCAUCAUCGACGACAGCAUGAGCGCAAAGUUGAAACCGGCCCAGAAAGCCUUUGUUGGUUUUGAGGAUGUGAAGACUAAAAGAAAGAUGUCCGCGGCUGAGGCAGUGAAGGAGACGUGGUUGCCCUAUGAAGCCGGCCAGAGAUUUUUGGAGUUUCAGUACCUGACAGGAGGCCUGAUAGAGCCUGGCAGCGGACGUCGUAUCAGCAUUGAAGAGGCUAUCCGCAGAGGUUGGCUCGAUGGUCAAGCGGCCGUGAAGCUUCAGGAAACACGGAACCACCCGAAGAACCUGACCUGUCCCAAGACAAAACUGAAGAUCUCCUACAAGGAAGCCAUGGACAGCUGCAUGGUGGAAGAAAGCAAUGGUAUGAAGAUGCUGCAGGCCUCCUCAAUGUCCACCAAGGGAAUCAGCAGCCCUUACAAUGUCUCUAACCCAGGAUCUCGCUCUGGAUCCAGGGCUGGUUCCCUAGCCGGCUCCAGGAAUGGAUCCCGUAGAGGCAGCGUGGAUUACUCUUCUACGUACAGCUAUAACUUCUCCUCCAGCAGUACCACCACCUAUAGUUAAAACACUCACUCUUAAUACACAGCAUGGAAAAACAUAAUGAAUCUACACUAGCAAUUCCUAUGCAGUUUGAGUACUUUUGUAACAGUUUUCUUUCCUAAAUGUUUCUCUGCCACUACGAUAUCAUGGGAGGUUUGCUUAAAUACUGAGUCUGAUUCUGAAUUCAUUUAAGUGUUUUGAUUGUUUGCAGUUUUUGGUAAUGUGGUGUUUCAAUAUUAAACUUAAUGCAGUGCAUAGUUAAUUCUCUUUUUCUAAAGCGCAAGUGUUGAGUGAAUAUAUUUGUCAUAGCUCAUUUUAAUAUAUGGUGCUUUUUUUAAUUAACAAUGUUAUUCCAUAACAUGCUUAUUCACAUUAGCUUCAGCGUGCAGUAAAAAUUAAUUUUUUGCUAUAUUUUUUCUUGUUUUGUGCAGCUGUAUGUUUUCAUUUUGUUAAUUUUUGGAUGGAAAAAACAGUUUAUGUUAAUUGAAAAUACUGAGGUUUAGCUUAAGCUACUGACUUGACAAUGUAAUGAUCAGCUAUGAAAAUUCCUUGUUGCUAAAAUGUUAUUCUCACAUAAUUGAAAAUAAAAUUGUA